ACUGUGUGUCCUCUCUCAGGUGCCCGGCGCUACGUUCCCCGAGUCCCUGCAGACGGGUUCGGAGCUGGAGACCACCUCUCGGUGUCCAGGACUCUGUGUGGAGCGCUGGUCUUCCCCUCCAUCGCCAGCCUGGUGGGACGGCUGCUGUUCAGACGGAUGUCCUCUAGUCUGCAGCGCACUGUGCUGGGCGGCGUUGCGUUUGUGUUGAUUAAGGGAGUUCUGAAGGUGUAUUUCAAACAGCAGCAGGUCAUCAUGCAGACCAGCCGCAUCAUCCUCAACUACCCCGAGAGGAACAGAGACGGACAGAACGAGGGUGGAGAGGAAGACACGGAGGACACAGAGGACAGUGGAAACGAAUAGUUUUACCAGCGUGGAGAGACAAGAGAAGGACAACUGUGUGGGCAGACAUGGUGGCUCAAAAGCUAAAUGUAUUUAACUUUAAAAACACAAAGGUGAGUUCUACUGUAGAGGGGGGGGGGGGGGGUCAGAGUGUGUCUGUAGAAGAGAAACUCCGGUAUGUCUUCAUCCUGGACCCUAAUGUCCCACGCUUUGGUUGUCUUGAUGUCUAAUGUGUCUCUAGGCAUUAUAUACGUCGGCCUUCACUACUGGACAUUUGCCAUUUUGUUAAAUUCACACACACAUAGAC